GCUCGCAGUGCACAGCUGUCUUCAUGUCAGACAACACAGGAGGAGGGAAACUGCCGGUUUUACACUCGCAGCCACAGGAACUUUCUACAUGACGACAACGAAUAUCCAGGAGAAUUACUAACGCCAGAUAAACUCGCUUUUACCGCGGGAUUACUGUCAACAGACCGGGAUACAAUAGCCUGGCAGUCGGGGUUAUGGAUUUUAACCUUCUUGGCGACAGCGAGGCCCGAAGCCCGGCUCUGUCCCUCUCGGACUCGGGGACUCCUCAGCAUGACCCAGGCUGCAAGGGACAGGACAAUAGCGACAAUGAGAAGUCGCAUCAGAACCAGACGGACGAGUCCAACGCGGAGGACGGCAGCCUGAAGAAGAAGCAGCGGCGGCAGCGUACGCACUUCACCAGCCAGCAGCUGCAGGAGCUGGAGGCCACCUUCCAGCGCAACCGCUACCCCGACAUGAGCACCCGCGAGGAGAUCGCUGUCUGGACCAACCUUACAGAGGCCAGGGUCCGGGUGUGGUUUAAGAACCGGCGGGCCAAGUGGCGCAAGCGCGAGCGCAACCAGCAGGCAGAGCUAUGCAAGAACGGCUUCGGGGCGCAGUUCAACGGCCUGAUGCAGCCGUACGAGGAUGUGUACUCGGGCUACUCCUACAACAACUGGGCCGCCAAGGGCCUGGCCAGCAGCCCUCUCUCCGCCAAGAGCUUCCCCUUCUUCAACUCCAUGAACGUGUCGCCGCUGUCGACGCAGCCCAUGUUCUCCUCGCCGCCCUCCUCCCUGCAAUCCAUGAACAUGGCCUCCGGCAUGGUGUCCUCAGGGGGCGUGGUGACCGGCGUGCCCACCUCGGGCCUCAACAACCUGGGCAACCUCAACAACCUCAACGGGGUGGGGGUGGGCGGCCUGAACUCGGCGGCGGUGGCGGUGUCGGCGGCGACGACGUGUCCGUACGCGGCGGCGGCGGCUGCCUCGGCGGCGGGGCCCUACAUGUACAGAGACACCUGCAACUCCAGCCUGGCCAGCCUGCGGCUCAAGGCCAAGCAGCACGCCAACUUCGCCGCCUACCCCACCGUGCAGAACCCCGUGUCCAACCUCAGCCCCUGCCAGUACGCGGUGGACCGGCCCGUAUGAAGCAGCCCAACUCUAAGUCCCUGCCCCCUCUACACACCCGCCCCCCACCUCCCAAACACACACACACACACACACACACACACACAUACACACAACCCCUGGCAGUACGCGGAGGACCGGCCCGUAUGAAGUCCCCUCACUCUAAAGCCCUCCCACCCUAUCUAUACACUCCCAAAACACAACCCCCCACCCCGAAACAUCCUGACACACUCAUACAGACACUAUUUUUCAUACAGUACACACAUGCCUAUUAUACACACACAGACCAAACUUAUAAAACAUACACACACACAUAUGCCCAAGAGUACGGCCUAGACCCAUCUGUUCAACACACACACACACACACACACACACACACACACACACACACACACACACACACACACACACACACACACACACACACACACACACAGAAACCUCAUUUCAGAAACCAAUCAAGUCCAUCAGAGCUGGCGAGAAAGCACAGGAGAACACUGGGACUGAUCCUCAGCAUCUUUUUCUCAUUGGAUGGUGCUACGUGGACGACGUGUUGGGAAUAGACGGCGAAAAGCCAGAGGGAAAAACAAAGAACCCAAAAGCGGACGGAACGUGCUGAAAAAAUGCAGUGAGACAUUAUGGUCCAAAACAGUCCAGCAGUCUGAUGGUUCUCUACAGUCGGUUUUCGGGAAUCUGAGUGUGGUUCCUGACAUGGUCUACACUACACCUAUUCUUGUGCAGUGCCUCAUAAACUCAGGCAGUGAAAACAAAUGAGAGAGCCUGAGAGCUGAGACCGAACCACGGCAAAGGCAAAAAUAAACCUUCAACAGUCAAAACUGAAAACCGGUACCAAGACAGAUGACUGAAGCAUUAAGCCACAUCCAAUGGUACACCAAACCCCUUCCAAACUUCGCCAGCAAGAGGCCCAAGGGGAUGUACAUAAUGAACUAUCUGUUUUUUGUAUGUGAACAACAAACAACAAUAACAACAACAAUGACAAACAAACAAACAAAGACAAUGAGCAAAAAAAGUGAGACCUUUCACAAUCGAAUAGUACUUUGAAGAUGAGACGAGCAUGUUCAUCAAGAGCUGAACCUAGACGGGAGCGCUUGGCUCAGCUCGGAUCUCCUCUAGGAAUUUUAAUCUUUGUUAUGAAUUCCAUUCACCCUAGGCCAAAGGUGAAAGGUCAGGGGUCGCUGUCAGAAGGAAGAUGAAACUUAGCAGCGAAUAGAGUCGGAGGCAAGAUAAAUAACCAGCGACAAGGUUCGAGAGAGACUCCAUCCGAGAGUCUACCACAUGUGGUACAGAAAGUCAGAGACGUUAGGGCAUUUUCUUUUGGGGAAAGGAGGAACUGAAGUUUUUUUUUCUAAAAAAAAGCCAUUGAAUAUAUAGAUUUGUGUGGUGUUUUCAAAAAAGGGAGUCUAUAAUUGUAAAAUAAUGUAUGUAAGAGUGCAGUUGUUAUAAAAAAAACAAGCUUUUUCUGGU